AAUUUUGUUGCUAGUGGAUCCUUGGACCAUUUAGAUUUUCUGCCAAACUGGAUCGGUUGGUCCGAGGGUUUCCGACGCUUUCAACAGCUAGACACGGGGCGCUCAUUCCGUUCCCUGCAAGAUCUAUCUAAGGUGAUGAGUGAAACGGAGUGCUCGCGGCAGCAAGCGGUUUCCGAAGUGGGUGACAAAGCAGUCGCACUUAUGCACGCCAUGGAUAGAGCGGUGUGUUAUUCUUGCUUCUAUAUUUUCCCCUGUUAG